AUGCAACGUCUUACUCUUCUAUUAACCGUCGUCCUUUUUACUGCGAUAUUAGCAGAUGAUUCGUGUAGAUUCAAUCAUCCACUGUAUGGUGUAAUUGAUCUAGCGUCACUUGGUUUACGAGACGGACGCGCACGUUUUCAAGGUAUAACGCCCGCAUCAGGUCUAGAAUAUUUAUAUUCGUUCAAUCCGUGUUAUUCAUUCUCCGAGGAAACUUGUCAAAACGUAGCAGUUUGCCAAAUAUCACCCGAUCGAAGAUAUUCGUUUGAACUUGCUCGUCAGACUUCGUCGUCCUGGUCACUGGAUACAUCGUACAGACCGACAUUAAAUUAUACCUCCGGAUCGAAAACAGUUCUUAUCACAAUGGUUUGUUCAAGUGCUGAUGAAGAUAGCUUGGAAGUGCUUGGUGAAACACGUUUGAAUUAUUAUACAAUGCAAUUGCGAUCGCGCUGUGCUUGCUGGAAUGGAUGUGCCGGUCGUUCAUCACCUUUCACAACAAAGUUGACGUCCAGAGUUACAACUAAACCAACAACGACAAGACCUUCCAUAUAUUACAGCGCAUGCCAGUACCACGAUUCUCGGUAUGGCACUAUUGAUUUAUCAACAAUUGGUAAUACGAAUGGCGGAUCAGUUUUCAAAGAUGUCAACUCGCUGUAUCCAAAUGACUAUGUCUGGUCUUACAAUCCAUGUUAUUCAUUUUCUGAACAUCAGUGUAAGAAUGUCGCUGGAUGUCAAAUCGAUAAAAUGAAUCAGAUCAGUUAUCCUAUCGGAUACCAGAGUUUCGUCUAUUGGUUAAAUAUGAAUGCUACUAGUGGUUUAAAUCCAACGAUUGUCUACCCAAUAACAACAAGCAAUCGGCUUCUGAAAGUGGAACUCAUUUGUGAUCGAACAUCAUCAGCAAAUCAUCAUCUGCAAGUCGUUGGUGAAACAGCUGUGGGAGAAUAUUAUAUGCGAUUGACUAGUCCUUGUGCUUGUUGGAAUGGAUGUAACGAACGACCUUCACACCCAUCAUUUAACUGGAAUGUCUGGGCGAUUAUUGGCAUUGCCGGAAGUGUUGUGUUUCUAUUAGUUGUGAUAAUGAUGACUUGUCUAUUCUGUUCAAAACCCAAGCGACAACGUUUUUAUACAGUAAUGUCCGAGAAGACACCGAUCCUUAAAUACUAG